AUGGGUUGUCAGUGCGUACUCGUCGGCGCUGGAUAUGUAGCGAUUGCUGCGAUUGUUUACCGCCUUCUUGGGGCGAUUUUCAAUAUUGUGGGACCAUAUUUUAUUUACUCCCCAAUCGAUUUGAAGAAACGCGCUGGAGCUUCCUGGGCUGUUGUCACUGGAGCCACUGAUGGUAUCGGAAAGUCGUACGCGUUCGAAUUGGCCCGUAGAGGAUUUAAUAUUUAUUUGGUGUCGAGAACUCAAUCGAAAUUAGAUGAGACGAAGAAGGAAAUCAAUGAGAAAUAUAAUGACGUUGAAAUCCGUACGUAUUCUUAUGAUUUCACCAAUGCUGCCGUCACUGGUUACGAGGAACUAUUGAAGGCUUUGAAUAGCGUUGAAGUCGGAGUUCUUGUGAACAAUGUUGGAAUGAGCUACGAGUAUCCAGAGGUCUUGCACAAGGUUGAAGGAGGAAUUCAGAGAUUAGCUAACAUCACAACAAUCAACACACUUCCACCAACUGUCCUAUCCGCUGGAAUUCUUCCACAAAUGGUUGCGCGUAAGGCUGGUGUCAUUGUUAACGUUGGCUCGUCUGCAGGUGCCAAUCAAAUGGACCUGUGGGCUGUUUAUUCGGCCACAAAGAAAUAUGUCUCGUGGCUCACAGCCAUUCUCCGCAAAGAAUAUGCUAACCAGGGAAUCACCAUUCAAACAAUUGCUCCGAUGAUGGUUGCCACAAAGAUGAGCAAAGUCAAACGCACUUCGUUCUUCGCUCCGGACAGCGAUCAGUUUGUCAAGUCCGCUGUUAAGACGAUUGGAAACGCUGACGACACCACUGGUUAUUUCUCGCACCAACUUCAACUGGAACUGAUUUCCUUCAUUCCGACUCCAAUUCGCGAUCGCUUGAUGUCGAAUAUGAGCCGCGGAACUCGUGCCGCCGCCCUUCGCAAGAAGGAAAGAGAGGCCAAAUCGCAAUAA